AUGUCAAAUUUACAAUCUCAAUUAGAGAGUAUACCAGGCUUCGGUAUCGCCACGGAUUAUUUCAAUGAUUAUGCAGAAGAACAUUGGAAUGGAAAAGAUCCAUACACAGAUGAAGAAACAGGGAAAAAAUUAAAACUUACGCCCGGUAUAACUACAAAACAAGAACAAAAAGCAUGGAAUAGAAUUCGAUCACAAGCAUGGAAAGAUGAUAAGUGUCUUUUGGGAAGUUGUGGCGUUGGUAUGGAUUGUGGUCUUGGUUUAGCUACAUUUAUGGCAUUUUUCUUUCCCGUGAUUGGUCCUAUUAUAACUUAUGGAAUUCAUUCAAGAGUUAUAAGUAUUGCAAAUGAAAAUUUCAAUUUACCGAAUAAACUCCAGGGUAAAUUACAUUCAAAUAUUACUUUUGAUUUAUUAAUUACGCUUCCACCUGUUAUUGGUGCUUUUUUUGGUUGGUUACAUGGAUGUAGUACUCGAAAUGCAGCUAUGAUUUAUCAAUUUAUUGAAAAUAUGGCAAAUGAAAGGGCUUCGAGUCAGGGGGUUAGGUAUGUUGGAAAUCAAUCAGAUAGAAAUUUGAGAGAGGAACAUUUUGGUCAUGAUCAAGGACAAAAUAUGAGUAAUGUUCCUCCGAGAGUACCUCCUAAGAGUUAUGAUAAUUAUCUGACUAAAAGAGGGUUUGGUAGACUGCAACAAAAUGCCAUUGAAGUUGGUAAUCAACAACAGUCAGGAUUCAUAUAG